AUGGACCCAACUUCGUUAGACUCACUGGCCACGCGCUGGGACGGUACACGACUGUCCUCCUCGUCUUUUCCCCGACAAGGAUGGUCCCGCCUGUCUCCGUCCUACGCGCCUCCAGCGGGCAACGCAGGCGCAGGCCCCUCGCACUACGCAAGCUGGCGGCACUUCGACUCUGCAGCUGACGAGCCUGACUAUCACCUUCGCGCCACUACUCUGCGUCAAAUGAACCAAGAUCUUCAUUUCCAUUCUUCGUCUCGAGCUGAUCGGAGUAUCAAUAUCCUCCCCUCUGCACCCGCACGACCCGCAACACAACCUACUCAACCAGUCCUCGUGAGAGCAUAUUCUGGCAAUGCCGACGAAACGACGAACCAGUCUUCUUCUACCAUGUCUCCUCGCCGGUUCUUCCCGUUCACGGCCUCGAAGACACCGGCUUCUUCCUCUAUUGAGAGUAUACUGCAGGCCAUCGAGCCCGAUAUCCGCGGUACACUGGACUCGAUCGCCGAGAUCUGUGGACGCAGCAAGCUGAGUCUGGCAAAUGAAUAUGAAAGUCAUAUUGCGCCCCUGGGAGAAAUCCGGGCUCCGCAGGGUGGUUUGGGGCCGGUGGAGGAAGCCAGCUCGAACGAUGAGCGGCGUGCCGAUGAAGGGGUGGUGAUAUUUGACGAUGAUCCUAACAUGGUGAAUGUCGGUCAAGAGAUUCAUCCAUUCUCUUUCUACCGGUACUUGGAAAGUCUUCGGCAGGCUGCUUCUGCGCGAGAGCGCAGCGGUGGCUCGGGUUUAGAUCUGGCGACGCGGACACAGAUACAAUAUCCCCCGAUGCAGCCAGAGACAGCUCGAGCCACAGAUGCCCGUAUUCCGACGGCUACUCGUGAGUUUGUGACAAGACCUCAAACCGGCCGAGAUCUGCUAGCAACGAACACAACUGCGAAACAUGAUGGCGGCCACUCAAACGAUGUCACCACUCCAGCAGUAGUCUCAGAAGCACAUGUUGAUGCACAGGCAGCUGAUUUGGAGACUCUGAAUGGACCACAACCCCCCUCACCCAACCACCUCAACUCUUCCUACUUUACAACGUCAAAGACAUGGUAUGCGCCAGAAGCAGUUCGCUCUGUACUUGGCUGGUUGAAGUGGACUGCACGUCUAGCUGAGCCGGAGUCUCGCCCAGCCCUGCAGUCAGCGGAGAGUCGACUGCGAGCCAUGCUCGCACGAUCCCUUGAUGAAACCACCAUUUGA